CUCAGCUAUCGAGAGAAAGGCGAACGGGGAAAGGCGGAGAACCCAAGCAGGGAAGCCACGGGCACGCCGGCGAGAGUACAACGGGUCUGCACAGGGCGAGCGUCAAGAGCACAGACACCGCGGGAGGACACUUUCUGAUGAAGAAGUGGAAGGGGAGGGGGCAGUUAUUCCAAAACUACACUGGAUUAAGAAAACGACAUUACAGAGCUUCAUCUAGAGCUGACCUGUAGAAGACUGCUGAGCCCAUGUCCUGACCUGAGGGCAGCCCUGAUUUCAGCCCCCCAGUGACCUGGUCUGCAAGUGACCGAGCAACAGCUCAACCACCGCCACUGCCACCGCCACCACCACCACCUCCCACAACAACUUCCCACCUUUUCCCACCUCGACCUCCACCCACCCCAGCCCCUUUUUCCCGGGCCAGCCUGCCGUCACCAUGACGUCGGAGCUGGAGAGUAGCCUGACCUCCAUGGAUUGGCUGCCUCAGCUGACCAUGCAGGCGGCAAUCCGCAAGGCAGAUGCCCAGAACGCCCACGGGCCAGGCAUGGGCAAGAAGAGUGCCAUGCUGGACCCCAACACCACCCUCGACCAGGAGGAGGUGCAGCAGCACAAGGACGGCAAGCCGCCGUACAGCUACGCCAGCCUCAUCACCUUCGCCAUCAACAGCUCGCCAAAGAAGAAGAUGACGCUGAGCGAGAUCUACCAGUGGAUCUGUGACAACUUCCCCUACUACAGAGAGGCGGGCAGCGGCUGGAAGAACUCAAUACGGCACAAUCUGUCAUUGAACAAGUGUUUUCUCAAAGUGCCUCGCUCCAAAGAUGACCCAGGGAAGGGCUCCUACUGGGCCAUUGACACCAACCCAAAGGAGGACGCGCUGCCCACUCGGCCAAAGAAGAGGCCUCGUUCAGGAGAGAGGGCUUCCACGCCGUACAGCCUGGAGUCAGAGUCUUUAGGGAUGGAGUGUAUGAUCUCUGGAAGUGCCUCUCCAACGCUGGCAAUCAACACUGUGACUAACAAGGUGGCGUUGUACAACACGGACCAGGAGGGAAGCGACAGUCCGCGGAGCAGCCUUAACAACAGCCUGUCGGAUCAGAGUCUGGCGUCCGUUAAUCUCAACAGCGUGGGCAGCGUGCACAGCUACACGCCGGUGUCCAGCCUUCCAGAACCCGUGUCCCAGUCCAUGAGCCUGCAGCAGCAGCAGCAGCAGCAGCAGCAGCAGCAGCCCCAGCAGCAGCAGCAGCAGCAGCCUCAGUACAGCAUGCCGGAGAGGGACAAGCAGCUCCUCUUCUCAGACUUUGAAGAUCUCAGUGCCUCCUUCCGCAGCCUUUACAAGUCCGUCUUUGAGCAGUCCUUCAGCCAACAGGGUCUGAUGGGCAUGCAGUCGGAGUCCCCCCAGCAGACCCACACCUCCUGCCCCUACCAACACUCCCCCGGCGGCGGCGGCGCCAUCAGCACCCAGAACAACCUGUCCAACAACCACGCCAACAGCCACGCCAACAGCCACGCCAACAGCCACCCCAACAGCCACGCCAACAACCACACGGCGGCCGGCACCCAGGUCCCCCUCUCCCACCCGGGCCACGGCUCUCCGCACGGCCAGCACCUCUCCCAGCACGCCGCCGCCGCCCUCAGCCAGCACAGCCAGCACAGCCAGCAUCCGCACCAACACCAACAGCACUCCCAGCUCGGACCACCCCACUCCCAGCACGGGCCGCACCCCACCCACGGCCAGCACCCCACCCACGGCCAGCACCCCACCCACGGGCAGCACCCAGCGCAGCAGCACCCGCCGCACCCGGCGCAGCACGGCCAGCAGCACCAGAGCCUCUCCCACCAGCCCCAUCCUACCCAGCAACAGAUGGCCUGCAACCCGGACUGGUACCCCAAUCUAGACGCACUGAAAGAAAGCUGUCGGAUCGCCAGCAGCUACAACUGGGCGGAUGUUGACCUCUCACCUUUCCAAGGUUUGAAGGAGAGCAUGAGACAAGCGGAGCUGAACAACUGGUCCUUGGAGCCCACUCAGAUAGCAGACCUCUGCUCAUCCAUCAACCAAUUCUUUGCCCGCACUGGCGUGAUCCAGCCACAAGGGGCAGUGCAGCCCCCUGUGUGCCAUGGCGCCAUGCACUCCACAAAACCCAGUCAGCACCUCAACACAGGGAACCUGUACAUGGACUCCAGACAGAGCAUGUCUAUGAUGGGCCCACCUGGCUACCCCCACAUGACGCCCAUGAGCAGCCCAGGAGCUGCCAUGACAGGCCAUCACACUCAGAUGAACCAGCAGCACAUGAUGCCGAGCCGGAACUUCCCCAUGCACCGCAUGCAGGCCGACGACAUCCAGGACGACUUUGACUGGGACUCCAUCGUUUAACCCCCCCCCUACCUUUACCCCUUCCCUGACCCGUGUCCCCGCUCCACCUCGCCUCCUGCUCCCGCGCCUCCCUCUUCCAGGAAACGAGGGCCGGGGAGCCGGGAGGGGAGGCGUGGCGGAGGAGACAGAGGUGAAAGCCACAGGCUGAGCUGAGCAGCCGCACGAGAGCGGGAUGCAGCGAGGAGCCACUCCUCUUGGACAGGGGGAAUUAAGGACAUUUUCUGCCCUUGAAAGACAGAGAGAGGGAGAGAGAGAGAGAACCUCAGAGUCCUGACAAUUUUUUAAACAAAGAAAAAAAAAAAACUACAAAAAAAACAACAUAAAACGACAAAAUAAAAGAAAUGAAUAUUGUUACUUUGAAGACAAUCAUCAUCCCGGCGGUGGACUUGUUUAAAGUGAUUGCUUACGUACUUGUUUUAAAGGAAAGCGGCACACGUUAAUAUUCAGUCUUGAGUAAAGAAGAAAAAAAGAAAAUACAAAAACAUGUGCUCCUCUGCCCUCCGGCCCCCACAGCCCUCUUCCUGCCCCCCCCCACCCCCGCCUGUUUUUAACUGUUGUGUGAUUUGAGUGACUGGUUACACUUGUAAAAAAAAAAAAACGUGAUAAAAAAACCCUCCUUGUGUUAACCUUGACCUCACCUGCCUCUUGGAUUUGCCUCUUUUUAAGAAAACAACAUCAAAGGAAAUAUGUGUUUGGGGGGUGACAAAUGCAUCCACCAAACCUUCCCCUCUUCUCGACUCCCCCCCCCCCUCCCCCACACAAAUAGCGAUUGAGUUGGUUUGAUGAUGGGUACAGUGACUGAUCUUUUGAAAAGGGUGUUCAAUGUGAUUUCAAAAGGCUUUGAUAUAUAUAUAUAUCCAUAUAUAUGGUAAAUCUAAGAGACAACGAUAUACUUGGUAACCGCUACAUCAAGGUAUGCUGGAUGCAGCUGACCGUUGGCAUAUACCGGCAGUAUUCUCUUCAGUACCUCAGAGUCGGUCUGGGUUGUUUGAAGAGUUUGGUCUCUUCAGUAAGAAGUCUGCAGUCCUCAUUAUUUGAAGGUGCUGUCGGGAAGAUUCAGGAGCUGUAAUUUGAGUUUAGAUUCAUUAGUUAAUUAAUUAAUGGUAUGCCAUAGCCAUCCCUCAGCUAUUAGUGGGUGAAAUGCUCUGUGAAAAUACCUGUGUCUGUAUGACCAGUUUAGAUUUUAUACUGCUCCCAGCUCAUUUAAAUCAGGGAAUCUCUUCCCUGAUUGGUUCAAGGUAUCCAUCUCACCUGUCACACAAGUGGGUGAAGUCAAAACUUCUGAAAGGCAGGGGGAGGGAGGGAGCGGACAGGGAUGGGACUUUUGGAAAAUCGUAGAUCUUGUCUCUUUACAAUGAGUGGAUCCUUCCUACAGCAUCUUUAACCCUGAGAAGAUAAAAAUAACCUUUUUACCAAAGCCCAUUUGCUAAACAUAAGAACGGACGUUGGUUGUACGGUAUGUGAGAAUCUUUUGGGAGCGACGGUUUAUUGUUUAAAUGUUGUAAGUCAUUGAUAGAAAAUGCCAAACAAUGGAAUAAUAGUUGAAUGAUAAGGGCUGGAAAGAGGAGUGAUUAGUAAACUAGGUUUAAAGACGAACCAAACACUCAAAUCCAACCUAACCUAACCAAACCCCCAAACACCGAUUCAAAACGAAAUACUAUCGGCGGCUGAUAUUACCUGACACAAUUUCAGCCAAUCAGAAAGAGCUGUGCCUCUGGUUUGAUUGUAAUGUUGUUUGCUCUCAAAGAUCCUGAAAGACCCGGUGAGGACACAACUGGGGAUCACUGAAUAUAUGGUUGAUGAGAAAGUGGUCUGUAAGAUCUGGAAUAACCUUUCAUUUGUUCAAUGUCUGUAUGUAAUUGAUCACAUGCUUCUACUGUUCAUGUUGUAUGGUCACAUCUGAGAGGUAAAUUACAGCGACACGCCUUUUCCCACUAAACAAAUUGUGCGUUAUUAUGAUCGAUGUGUUCAUAUUUAGCUAAUGUACAAUCAUUGCAACAUACAGAAUGUGAGUCUUGAUACAGUGUGUGUGUGUGUGUGUGUGUGUGUGUGUCACUGAAUUUUGUCAUUUGUUUUGUAAUUCAAAAGGGUUUCUUUGAUGGUGACAACUGUUUCUAUGCUAUCUGUGAGCACAAAUCAGAUGGAUGAAAGAUUUGAAAAAAUGCAUAUUUUUCUUCUCUUUUGCAAAUGUGGGAAAGUGCGCAUUAACAGCAAGGCGAGUGGCAGGGCUGGAAAACCUGUCAUGAUCACGUCCCAGUAGUGCACGGGGUCUCAAUCAAUAGCUCCAGCUGGAUGGCACCAAGUGUUUUAUACGCUCUUUGCACACUAUCAGUAACCUCUUACUUUUAUCCCUCCAUAACACGUAUGUUAGCAAGUGAGAGACUGCCCUAGUCACAAUAGUUCUCAUCUAUGGAAGACAAUCAUGAUUUUAUUUUUGAAUUAUGUUUUUAAAUCAACACAUUGUUGUUCAUUUAAGGAAGGCACUUUUUAGGUCCAAUGCUUGGUGUAAUUUAAUGGAACCAUCAUUUCGGAGCAGAUAUAGAGACAACUAUGACCUAAAAUCAUGCCGGUGGUAAUACAGCUCUUCUGAUUGACAGAAUCCAGCUGAAGGCCUACUGUGGCAAGUUUUCUGAAAGGAGUAUAAUGUCAAAGACAGGUUUUAAGCUAAGGUUGACUUACGUUAUUUUGUUGUGUUUAAUUCAGCUCUUCAUGCAUUUGACCCAACAUUUGAGUCUUUCUACUAUCUUGUCUUUAGUUCUUUUUUUAAUAACUGUUGAUCAAUGUUUUUUUUUCUUUUUCACUGCCAAAAUGUAAUUCUCAGACACUUUCGACCAUAUUUUGUCAGUUGACUUGGCAAAACCUUUAAGGAUUAUUCUCAUUAAGUCACUAAAAUGUGGGUGUAGCAGUCAUGUCCACCAGCGGACUGCACUUUGGAAAGAUGAGGAAUUAUUAUAUUCCUGAAAAUUAUAAUGUAUAUAACCUGGAAACUGUGGACAAAAAAAAGGAAAAUGGGAGUAUCUUGUCAAACUUGGUCCAUUUUCGCCAGGUGAAGCUAAUCGACAAGCAGAGCACAUGGGAGGAUUUAAGUAAAUGUGACGAAAAGGGAAAAGCUAAGACAAAGACUGGAAUGCAAUCAAAUGAUGUGUUAAUUUAGUUGUGUGUGUGCGAAUGUGUGCUUGUGUGAGAAAAUUUGGUUCCAUAACAUAACACACUUAAAAAAAUAACAAAUAUUUUAGUUAUAUUAUCCAGCUGAAGUUGUACCUGCCAGAGAGAUUACAAUUAGUUGGGGGAAGAAACGAAACAAGAAACAAGGCCUUGUUACAAUGUGGGAGAGAACUGCCAACAAGUACUGCUGAUUGAGGCCUAUUUUAUUCAGUGCUGGUGUGAUGUAGUGCUUCUUGUAAAUAGAUGUCUUUUCAAUCAUCCGUUUUUUCCCCUCCUUGGGGUGGGGCAUCAAGGUGAGGGGUGGGGCGUAUUCAAGAACGAGAAGAGGGUUUAAAAAAAGAGUAGAAUAUUUUGUUAUUGUCCAGACAGAGGGUGACACAGUAUGUAUAUAUCUAUAUUGUAUAUAUGUGAUGAAAAUGCGUUGGCUUUUUGUGUGACACUACCUUUUACCUGUACUAUGGUUCUACAUUCAGUGUUUCAAUGUUGAUAAUAUAUAUUUUUUGUUUUUUGUUCUUUUGAUUUUGUCUUUGUCAUUUCUCGUAUUUGUUGUUUUUUCCCCUCGUUUAUCUUGUUUCUGUCCUUUUGGUUAUUGCACGGUUUAUUACUUUUGCUGUCCAUUGAGGUGACACAGCUACUUUGUAUUGGUUUAGUGCUAUAAAUAAUUCAAGUGUUAUUAAAAUUGUCGAUACCACCGCCCAUCCCGCCCCUUUCCCCAAUAUGCAUGAAUGGCACUUAAAGAAAUAAAAUAUGUUAACUUCACUGUGGAA